AUGACUAAGACUGAAGAGGACAAGACGGGUGUUGUGGGAGUUCCUGGUGCGUCCGCGGCUUCAUCCCAUAAUUCGGAACCGGAAGGCAUCAAUUCUAAGAAACCCUGUGAGAAAAAGAAGGAAGAGGUUGAGGACAAGGUCGCCAACAAGCUCAAUACCGAGCUCAAAGAGCUCCUGGAGGAAGCCCGCCGUAGCGAGGAGAGAUACGAUUGUAUCAAACUUGAGAUCGACACUCUUCGCGAUUUGAAUCGCAGCAGAAGUGGCCUCAUCGAUGAAGCCAAGAAGCUGGUUCAUUCCUUAAGAGAGGAAUUGCUGGACAAAGAGAUCUCUUUGAGACAACUUCAAAACGAGAAGGAACAGCUGGAGUUGGAUCUGAGGCUUGUCGAUGAUGACGCGCGUUUCAUCGAGGAAGAGCUGACGAGGUUGCAGACGAGAGCCGAAAGGGCCCAAGCAGAAGCCGACGCGACAUUCAUCCGUGAAGAACUGGCAAAGUUGAAGGCUGACGAGGACGAUGAAGAAGAUGCAGAGGAUGCCAGCGAAGAGGAUGAGGACUAUGAAGGGAGCAGUAGCGAGGAGGAGGAGGAGGAAGAUGAUAGUUAUGAAUGCGAGGAGGAAGAUAGCAGCGAUGACAAUUCUGAAAUGGCGGUCCGGAAGAACCGAGAGCAGUUCUUUGAGAUGAUGAUGGAGUUGGAACAGCUCAAGAUUGAAGCUCAGGCUGCUGAUCAACUGGACAAGCUCGCCGAGGCGUUGAAGAAGGACGAGUCCAAGCGUUUGAAGGCAUUCGAGAAUAAGCUGAAGCACCGUAGCGAGGAGUAUAGUGAAAACGACGGCACCAAAGAUAAUCGCCCUGUCCAGACUGAGGUUAUCUAGCUCUUUUUGAGGGCUUCCACUGGAGUAUUGACUGCUGUUAUACGCGAUACUUCUCAUUAUCAUCAUCGCAAUAAUUUUUGGAGUCCGCCCCCCAUG